AUGAAAAGAGAGUUGGAGACCGAACCGAUGGUAUUGGAGGACUACCUUACGGAAGAACAAUUGCAACAGUUGUCUAAAUUGGUGCCAGGGCCUGCCGUGAGUCCUGACUUGAUACACAAUUGGCAUUUCCAAUACGUGGUUGCAUGGCUUGAAGUCGUGUGCGACACCCAAUACACGGCAGACCAGGGCAAGGCUUUUUACGCGGGGAUUUCAUUUGAUGAGAAACUGCUGUUACAGGAUUUACACGAAGACCACGAUGAAAACAUUUAUACACAGAUCCGGAGUCGAAUUUUAAGAACAGUCACUCAGAACAAGACCGUUCAAUUGAAAGAAUGGGAUAUUGCCAUCAAGUACAAUUUGGCACAGCGGGGUGCUGUACCGUGGUACUCUGAAGAUCCUCAAAAUCGAUUUUCGGACCUGAGCGUGCCGCAACAGUUUGAAGUCCUGUAUGCAUGCAUCAAAUAUAUCGAACGGCGCAAUCAAGGGUUCAGAAUGUACCUAGGCAACCAUUUGGCGCGGUUCCAGUUCCCAGAAUGUGUCUUGGAAGAUCGGGUUUCGCUUUUGGUACUCCCUGGUGGAAAAAUUGUCGAGAAAAGCAUAGUUGCAAGUGAAAACGCUGAGUUACGAGUACCGAUCAAAUUCCGCAAUUGUAGUGUGCGAUACGAAGACCAUGAAAGUGUGGAAGUGGUACAAUUGGAUUUUGGUCCCGACAUUGAAGAGUUUUUGUCCCAACUCUCCCUUCAAUUCAAUGUAGUAACGGGGACGUGGGAUGAAUACGUGGAAUAUUUGAAGAAUACUACGGAUGGGUCCAUACAACAGUUUUUGGCAGAGCAGUUACCUACACUCGCCGAAAUUGAACUUGACGGACGUCGUUUGCUGGUGAAUCGCGAACGUGAGCGGUCGAUGGCGGAACUACUAGUGAGACGCAAACGGUCUUCGAGACUCGUGGCACGCGAAGAAGACACCAAACGUCGAGAUUUGGAAGCCAAAUGGCAUGAAAAACUCGACGAGCGCGAUCAGUAUUUAAGAACUCGUCAGCGGGCCGUGGCAAAAGUCAGUAAAGCUAUUAAGGACUCGAUGUGGUCACAACUUUGGGAUCAAUUCGAGCAAGACGUCAAAGCGGAGAAAAUAAGACGCAGAACCGAUGCGCACGAAGACUACGAGGCCCAGAUGGCUGAAGUAGACGCUGCGGUGUUGGAAAGUGGUGAAAAGUUCCUGCAACCGGUUAUCAGAAUCGAAGAGCCCUUGGAUGGUCCAUUGGAGGCGAUAUCGUUAGAAUUGCCCGACGAAUUGGUCAUUACGCAAGAGGAGCUACAAAAACUAGCGAACCACGGCGUGCCUGUGGCGGACUACAGUCCGGACUCUCAGGAUUGGGUAUUCCAGUGUCUUUGCAAUGUGGCUCGUGGUGUGAAUCUCAACGACAAUGAAGCUAUCAAACAACACACGCUGGUAUGCUGCGAUAUGUGUUUACGGUGGCAGCAUCUGGAGUGUCAGGACGACAAAUGGAUUGUGAUGUUGGGGGAGGCACGACAGAAGCCGUUGAAUCGCAGGGAUUUCGCUACCGGGACUGUAGGAGUUGGUGUAGAAAGUAGCCAGGGAACACAGCGACGCAGCACACGACGCAUAGCAGAGCCUGAAGUGCCUUCCGCUACGCAUCAACGUCCCCUCACAACCGCAAACUCGCUUCCAGAGACCUUUGUGUGUGGAUGGUGCAUGAAGACUCUGGAGACCGAGCUGCGUGCUAUUUUCGGCCACGAGUUGAGAGAAACUCGAGCGGAACAACGCAAGAUACACGAAGAGCGCGAACGACGCAAACGAGCCAAAGAAGAGCGUAAGAUAAAGCUACAAAUCGAUUCUACACCUGCGAAAUUGGUUCAACCUACAAAACCAAUAAAACCCGCAAAACUCGUCGACCCUGCAAAUUCUGCUGCAAAUUCUGCAAAGCCGUCUGUCCAAACGGCACCUGUUGCUGUACCUACAGUGAUGCUUCCGUCCCAACUAUGA